AAGUAUCAUUUUACUUAUAAAUAUUGAAACUGAUGAAAUUGAUAGUGAUAUAGCUGAAUUUUCCGAAACAGUUAAAAAGGCAUCAACAGAUUUGGUAAAUCAAAGUGUUUCAAUAACUAGUUUAAUUAAAAAUGGCCUUGAUAUUAAUUUUUUAAUUAAAGAGCAUGAAAGGCAUGAUGCAUAUAAUAGUCAUCCUAUUUUAUGUCAAACUAAAACAUCAAGUUCCCAAAAUAUUACUAAUAAAAAUACUAUUCAACCAAACAAA